AGUAAGAAGUGGAGUGCUGUUUUUGUGUUGUAGCGUGUAUGCUCAUGCCGUUCGUAAUUCGCGUAAUUUGAGCCCAUAUGUAAUUCAACCACUUGCUGAAAGAAACUAGCUAUCUAAGUUAACCGCGGUUGCAAGUUUACGAUCGUGACUACAUAUUCCGCGUCUAGACUGACAUGGUAACUAGGGUUCCACCACACCCUUGAUCGUCGUCAACGUUGCGUGUUUAUCGCCCGCGGCCGUGUUUCCGAUCACCCAGACGUUAUCCUGUGUGCUUAGUAGUGUUUGUGUAAAGUUUGACUUGUGGGUUAGUCGUGCUGUGCGAUCCUGGUGUGUACAUUGAUGGGCAGAGUCGCGCAGGGCUGGCGGGCGGCAGAGAGGCCGCAUCGGCGGGUUUUUGCUUCGCGGAGGGUCUUCUAUAAAAUCAGUCACACUGGAACUGAUGGAAUUAGAGAAUAUCGUCGCGAACACUGUUUACUUGAAAGCCAGAGAGGGCGGUUCCGAUAGCAAUAAGGGGAAGAGUAAAAAGUGGCGCAAGAUCCUGCAAUUUCCUCACAUAUCACAAUGUAUAGAUAUAAAAACAAAAAUAGAUGUAGGUUACGAUUACGUGGUAGAUCAGCAGCCGAUCGGGAAGCUACUCUUCAGGCAGUUCUGCGAGAGAAACAGGCCCGAUUAUCACAAGUACAACAGCUUUCUUGAUGCUUUUUAUGCUCAGGUCGAAAGAUACGAAGUGGAAGUGGACGAGACGAGGUUGGCUCUGGCGGUCGACAUAUUCGGAAAAUAUCUGAAGACUGAAGACUGCGACGCUGUGACGGAUGUAGUCGGCAGGCAGACGAUUGACGAUGCCAGCGCGCUGCUCGAAGGCGGUUCCAAGGACAUAUUCUCGGAAUGCAUCAAAUACGUCAAGUGUUUCCUGGCGGGCACUCCGUUCGGAGAGUUCGAACGCUCGAUGUACUUCCACCGGUACCUCCAGUGGAAGUGGCUGGAGGCUCAGCCGGUCACGCAGAACACCUUCAGGAUGUACCGAGUCCUCGGGAAGGGCGGCUUCGGCGAGGUCUGCGCUUGUCAGGUUCGGGCGACCGGCAAAAUGUACGCUUGUAAGAAAUUAGAAAAGAAAAGGAUCAAGAAACGCAAAGGUGAAGCGAUGGUGCUGAUCGAGAAACAGAUCCUGCAGAGGAUCAAUUCUCGCUUCGUCGUCAACUUGGCCUACGCGUACGAAACGAAAGACGCACUGUGUCUAGUCCUCACUAUCAUGAACGGUGGCGAUCUAAAGUUUCACAUUUACAACAUGUGCGGCGCGGAGACGGGCCUGGGGCUGGAGCGCGCGAGGUUCUACGCGGCGCAAGUGGCGUGCGGCCUCGAGCACCUGCACAAGAUGGGCAUCGUUUACAGAGACUGCAAGCCGGAGAAUAUAUUAUUGGACGACGCUGGUCACGUGCGCAUCUCUGACCUCGGGCUGGCGGUGGACGUGCCGGAGGGGGGCUCUGUGCGGGGGAGGGUGGGGACCGUCGGGUACAUGGCGCCCGAGGUGAUCGACAACGAGCGGUACACGUUCAGUCCGGACUGGUUCUCGUUCGGUUGCCUGGUGUAUGAGAUGAUCGAGGGUAGAGCGCCGUUUCGAGCUAGAAAAGAAAAGGUCAAAAGGGAAGAUGUUGACAGGAGGGUAAAGCACGAGCCGGAGAAGUACUCGAGCAAGUUCAGCGAGUGCAGCCGCGCGCUGUGCUCGUCGCUGCUGAGCAAGGCGGCGGGCGCGCGGCUGGGCUGCGGCGCGGGGCGGCGGGGGGCGGCGCUCGUCAAGGCGCACCGGUUCUUCGCGCACCUCAACUGGGCGCGCCUCGAGGCCGGCAUGGUGCCUGCGCCCUUCGUGCCAGACCCGCACGCCGUCUACGCCAAGGACGUCCUCGACAUCGAGCAGUUCAGCACCGUGAAGGGCGUCAACCUGGACGCGGCCGACGACACGUUCUACGGCAAGUUCAACACGGGCAGCGUGUCCAUACCCUGGCAGGCCGAGAUGAUCGAGACCGGCUGCUUCAAGGAGCUAAACGUUUUCGCGUCGACGGAGGAGGGUCGGGAGGCUCCGACGGUGGAUCUGCAGCUGGUGCCUUCCACCGCCGCCGCCGAGGAAGAGAAGGGAUGCUUCGUUUUCGCAAGACGAGUAUUGUGUCCUCAAAAGAAAGUCCCGGCGCGCCUCCGUCCCGUGUCGGUCCCGGAGCACCUCCUGCCGCCGCCCGCUGCCUCUAGCUGACCGGCGCGCGCCGCCCCAUCACACACAACCCCGACCUACGAGCACAGACCAUACCCAACCCCGACGU